AUGUCGGCAGCCACGGAGAGACAGCCGCUUCUGCGGGACAACAGCGGCUCCAGCAGCGUGGCUGUCAGCGCGUCGCCGUCGCCGACGCUGGUGGCAGCGGCAUUGGGCGAAUGCGGCGGCUUCAACGACGACGAAGGCAUCACAUCGGUGGACCCGAGAAUUGGGUUCAACCCCAGCGGUGACCCGGACAACCCGCGCGACUGGCCGGAGGCGUUUAAAUGGGGCAUCGUGAUGCUUCUAGCGGCCAUGGCAUUCACAGUGACGUUUACGUGCAUCUCGAUCGUGCCGCUGGCCGCGCACAUUGUGGAGGAGCUGGACGGCCUCUCGGGCGACUCGCGCAACGCACCAUCGUCUUCGGGCAGCACGGCCAGCGUACUGCUUGUGACGAUCUGGGAGCUCGGCGAAGCAGCCGGUCCACUGGCUAUUGCGCCGCUGUCGGAGACGGCAUCAUGGGGCCGAUAUGCGGUGCUCAAUGCGGCCACGUUGCUCUUUGUGGGUGCGACGGCGGCGGCAGCCAUGGCCAAGUCGACGUCGCUGUUCAUUGCUGCGCGCGGGCUCACGGGCCUCGCCGUGGCCACCAACGUGCUCGGUCCAGCCAUCAUCGGCGACCUGUUUCCACCGGCUCAACGCGGCUCGGCCAUGGCGAUCGUGCAGAUGGCGCCACUACUGGGCGGCGCUGUGGGCCCAGCGAUCGGAGGGGCUGUAGCCGGGACCUGGGGCUGGCGUUCGGUGCUGUGGCUGAGCGCCGUGUUGGCGUCGACGUGUGCGGUGCUGUUCCUGGUGGCGUUCCGCGAGACGUAUCCGCCAGCAGUGCUGCGCCGACGGCGGCUGCGGCUCGAGCUGACCGACGGCAAGCUGACAACGGCCAGCCUUGAGAGCGGCGCUUUGCUGACGACCACCCUACUCGACCCAACGAUGUCAACACCGGCGAGCUCCGUGUCCGGUCUGCGACACAUGCGCGACGCCGUUCUUCGGCCGGCCGUGGUGAUGACCAACUCGAUCGUGCUGGCGUUGCUGUCGCUGUUUGGUGCUGUCGUGUUCUCGUACUUUUACACCAUGUCCGUGUCGUUGCCGCAUAUCCUGGAGACGCGCUACGGGCUGUCAUCUGCCGGGACAGGGUCUGCCUUUUUGGCGUUUAGCCUUGGCGCUGCUAUCAGCGUGAUGAUCUGCAACCAGACGCUGGACCGCGUUUACGUGUACCUCACAAAGAAAAGCGGGAAGCCGCACGGUCGACCCGAGUUCCGGCUGCCGAUGACGAUUGCGUGCGGCUUGGUGUUGCCGGGGGCCGUGGCCAGCUAUGGCUGGUGCGCUGAGCUGCACGGACCGUUGCCGGUAAUGCUGGGAACGGUGGUGCUGCUGGGCACGAGCCUGCCGCUGUCGUUCAUCCCGCUGGCGUCGUACGUGGUGGACGCGUUUGGGCUGUACGCAGCGUCGGCGAUGACGGGCCUGAUCGUGUCGCGCUGUCUUUGCGGAACAUUCCUACCGCUGACAGUGGUGCCGCUGGUGGACGCUUUGGGCUACGGCUGGGGAUUCACGGCACUGGCGUCGGUGAGCCUACUGCUGGUGCCGCUGCCUCUGCUGGUGAUGCGGCAUGGCGAGAAAUGGCGGCAGCGGUCCGAGUACACGCGAAAUGCGUGA